AGCUAACUCAUUUCGUAUGCUGCUGGAAGAAGACAUGGGGGCUGUGUUUCACAGCCAUUACUGAUAGUAGCGCCGCAUGAAAUCCAUUUAGAACCAGACUGAAACCUGAGAGUCUCUUUUGUAUUACGCUGCUGGAUCAAGCCUGAACAUGGAGUCGAUGUUGAACAAGCUGAAAAGCACCGUCACUAAAGUGACAGCAGAUGUCACCAGUGCCGUUAUGGGCAACCCGGUGACGCGAGAAUUUGAGGUUGGCCGACAUAUCGCGAGCGGAGGUCCUGGCCUUUGCUGGAGGAUCUACAAUGGCACCAAGAAGUCUACCAAACAGGAAGUAGCAGUGUUUGUGUUUGAUAAGAAGAUGAUCGACAAGUAUCAGAAGUUUGACAAGGACCAAAUCAUCGAUUCCCUGAAGAAAGGAGUGCAGCAGCUGACCAGACUGCGUCACCCGCGCCUCCUGACCGUGCAGCAUCCUCUGGAAGAGUCACGGGACUGCUUGGCAUUCUGCACAGAGCCAGUGUUCGCCAGUCUGUCCAACGUGCUGGGCCAGUGGGACAACCUGCCCAGCCCUGUGCCCAAAGACAUCAAAGAAUACAAACUCUAUGAUGUGGAGACCAAAUAUGGCUUACUACAGAUCUCGGAGGGUUUGUCGUUUCUUCACAGUGGGGUUAAGAUGGUCCACGGCAACUUGUGUCCAGAUAAUAUCAUCCUCAAUAAGAGCGGAGCCUGGAAGAUCAUGGGCUUUGACUUCAGCAUAUCCUCAAUUAACCCUUCGGACGCUGAGCUGAAGUACACAUGUAAAGAGUGGGAGCCCAACCUUCCACCUCUCUGCCUCCCCAACCCGGAGUACUUGGCCCCUGAAUACAUCCUGUCCGUCAGCUGUGACUCGACCUCCGACAUGUACUCUCUCGGAGUCGUAAUGCACGCCGUUUUCAAUGAAGGCAAACCUGUAAUCCAAGUCAACAAGCACGAUAUUUUUAAGAGUUUCAGCAGGCAGCUGGAUCAGCUGAGCAGCAUGAAUCCAGCACUGCUGAGUAAGAUCCCAGAGGAAGUGCGAGAGCACGUCAAGAUGUUACUCAGCGUCUCGCCGACAGUCCGACCGGAUGCAGACCAGAUGACUAAGAUUCCAUUUUUCGAUGAUGUUGGAGCAGUAACGUUGCAGUACUUUGAUACACUCUUUCAACGGGACAACCUGCAGAAAUCUCAGUUCUACAAAGGUUUACCAAAAGUGCUGCCAAAGCUACCAAAGAGAGUUGUGGUGUACCGCAUAUUGCCGGCAUUGACCUCAGAGUUUGUCAACCCAGACAUGGUUCCGUUUGUGCUGCCAAAUGUGCUGCUUAUUGCCGAAGAGUGCACCAAGGAGGAGUACGUUCGCCUCAUCCUGCCUGACCUCACGCCUGUUUUCAAACAGCAGGAGCCUCUUCAGGCUAGUAAUAUGAUCCUGCUAAUCUUCCUGCAAAAGAUGGACCUGCUGCUGACGAAGACACCGCCAGAUGACAUUAAGAACAGCGUGCUUCCCAUGGUCUACAGGGCUGUAGAGGCUUCCUCAGUUCAGAUCCAGGAGCUGUGCCUGAACAUCAUCCCAACGUUUGCCAACCUGAUUGACUAUCCGUCCAUGAAGAAUUCUCUCAUCCCGCGCAUCAAAUCAGCCUGCCUCCAGACGUCCUCUCUCGCUGUGCGAGUGAACUCUCUGGUGUGUCUGGGGAAGAUUCUGGAAUAUCUAGAUAAAUGGUUUGUCAUCGAUGAAAUCCUUCCCUUCCUUCAGCAGAUCCCCUCCAGAGAGCCAGCUGUCCUUAUGGGCAUUUUGGGAAUCUAUAAAUGCACCUUUACCCACAAGAAGCUUGGCAUCCCCAAAGAGCAUCUCGCCACAAAGAGUUUGCCCCACCUCGUCUCUCUUAGUAUCGACAAUAACCUCAACCUAAAUCAGUUUAAUUCUUUUAUGAUGGUAAUCCGGGACAUGCUGAACCGCAUGGAAGCUGAACACAAAACCAAACUGGAGCAGCUGCAUAUCAUGCAAGAGCAGCAGAGGAGUCUAAACAUCACAAAUCCAGGGAAUUCCACAGAAGAAAUUAAAAGCCCACCAAACUCUGGAAACCAGAUUGACGACAUAUUUGGCAGCGCAAGUGUUAAUGGGAAAGAAAAUGGAUCUGCUGCAACACCGUCGCAGCCUAGCAGGGUUUCUCUGACUCUGGAGGAGAAACAAAGGUUAGCCAAGGAACAGGAACAGGCAGCUAAACUGAGGAGCCAGCAGCCGUUGGCACCUCAGGCCAUCAAACCUUCGUCCUCCAGCAACUCACAGACUAAAGAUCUGACCAGCAGCCUGCUCAACAGCAUGACGUCUCUAAAUAGCCUGUCCAUGGCGAGCUCAGCGCGGCCACCCCCAGUGCAAGGCACUACCGUGUCUGCUUUCCCCUCUUCCGGUCCGAUGGUGGGGCCGGUCUCUAACGGUUUCAACCCCAACAUGGGUUUCCAGUCUGGGGGCAUUGGGAUGGGCAUGCGGCCCUCGGGCCCCGGCCUCUAUGGAGGAAUGGCCUCCACCACCAGCACCCCCAAUUUCGGGGCUCUGACGCAGAAUCAAGGACCGUCUGGGCUGACGAACAGACCGGCCAACAUGUCGGCCUUGGACAACCUGUUUACACCCAACAAACCCAAAGUCUCUCUCAACCAAAUAGGUCCCCAGACCGCACCUGGAGGCGGUUCCCCCUGGGCAAGUCAGUUCGGGUCGGCCCAGAACACUCAGACUCCGAUGGCGGUAGGGAUGGGAGGGAUGCCCAGCGGGUUUGGGAUGCAGGCAAACCCUUUUUUCAGCCCACAGAACUUUUCUCAGCCGGGUUCUGCCCCAAGCAUGAACCCAGGCGGAGUGAAACCGAGCGCGUCUGCGAACAAUGACCUGCAGGACUUAUUCGGCUGAAACAAAAUGAAAACGAACCCCUGAUGAAGUAUAUUCUUUUAAAGACUGUAGAGAUGAGAGCUUUGAAUUUCACAGAUGAUUGUGGAGCACUUUCACAGGUGUUUUUGUACUUUUAAUCUCGUCUAAUUUAACGUCUCGUGCUGACGGUCUGCUGAAAAUGAAACCCGCGCCAACGGUCAGAUGUGGGUUUCAUUCUUUUACGCUUCGGCCUUUCAAUGAUGGGGGUUUCCUACUGUUUUUGUACUUUCCCAGGCAAAUAUAUCGAUUGGGUCAAGUUGAAUUUGAGUUUGGUUCAUUGUUGACUUCCUAAAUGGAGGGAGAGUAUUUUACUUAAAAGAACACAAUUUUUUCAUUUUCAUACCUAGGAAAUGUAGAAAACUUGCUGUGCUCACUUCACAUUUGCUCACUUUCAGGCUUCUGUACUUCCUCUGCCUUUCCAGAAUAUUUUGGGAUUUUGAGGUUCAGGUUAAAGAAUGGUGUGUGAUUUCAUUGGGAGGUAAGCAUGGUUUUAAAAACCACUUAUUUGCAGUUUCACGUUAUAUAUGUUUCUCUAAAGAUAAACUGGACAAUCCUUCUGGGCUUCAUUCUGUUGUAACAUGACCAAAAUGAUCUCCAUUGCUUGUACAUUGGCCUCCAUUUGCUUUCAUCAGCUUCGCAGGUGAAUAACCUGGUUUCUAUUGUUGCAGAGUCUUUCUCCUUUCUGGUUCUGGUUAUAGCGGAGUGGCUGUUACUGCUAUGUUCUUCUAAGGAAUCUCAAUGUUAAAGGCGAUGUGGAAAGUAUGCACUUUUGUUCUUGUGCCUUACAAGGGCACAUGUCUAAAACUAAGCAGCACUCAAUUGUUACACAAGUAGGCAUGGGUCAGGAUAAAACAUUAUUAUAUUGAGGAUCAUAUCAUGGUGUUAUACUGUUAACACAAAAAACAAACAUAACAUACUUUAAUAAGUAUGUUACCACUUAUUAAAACAGGAAAACUAAUGAGUCCUAAUGCUGCAAAAGUAAGUUAUUAGUUAUAAUAUUACCUUUUUAUAUCUGAGAUUUCAAAAAAGUUGCCAACAUUUCCAAUUCUCCAUCCUCCAAGUUCUGCUCCAUCUAGUUCACAUAACCUAUAAGAAUCACUAAAAUGCGGUAAAAAUACAAUUCUUUGUUCUUCCUCAAAAUUAUUAGCUAUUGCUUGAGCCUGGAAGCAGUGAGAUGAAUUUCUAGUCACAGAUCAGGAUUUCCUCUCAACAGCUGAUUUUUCAGUGAAUUUCUGUAACAUUUAUUUAUUGUUUGAAUUUUAAUACAUAGGCUUAAGCAAAAAUAUUAAAUAAACACCUGCUAAAUUUAGUUGUAGCUUUGUCACAACUUUUCUAUUCUUUUUACAUUCUGCAUAAAGUAACUAAAACUAGCUAAUGUUAGUCAGGCUUAACUGCUCAAGUAGCUGCAUCAGAUUCUCAAGUUUUUAUACUGUGGUUUUAAAACAUGUUUUGCCUUAAAGAUAGGGGUGGAUGGCGCUCCUUUAGUUUCCAGUUUUAAAGUGAAGACAGCUGUGGAUGGAAAUAUUUCCACGUGGGAAAAACUAAGACAGAUUUGGGAACGAUACACUGGAAAACUUUUGCAGUUAUUGAAGUUUUUACAUACCUUGAUAAGAGUAACUGGCCCAUGCCUACACACAAUUGUUCCAAUGGAUGUGACUUGCUUGGUUGCAUUUCACUGACCACAUCAAUUUAAAAACUGUUUUUCUUUUUAUCAACUAAUAUCGGAGAUUUUUGUUUCUAGUGACCAAACAUAUCACAAUCCCCAUACUUCAUGUGCAUUAAUAUGAAAUGUAACUGUGUAGUUAUUUUAUUAUAGAAUGCUCCAUGAGGUCCCUGGCAUCUUUUUUGUUUUCGUGAUUCUGGGUUAAGAGGCCUUAGAUGAGUCGAGUGCAAUAAUCCUUUUCGGUUCUUGAGGGUGAAAAGUUUGUCGGAACCAGCUCUCGUUGUGUGUGACCUGCAGUAACUUCACUGUUCUGUCGGAUUUUAUUAAUGACUAGAUAUUAAUGUAAAUUCACUCUGAAUUUAACAUUUUGGGUCUUUUAGAUUCGCAUUGAUUCUGCUGAUUGUCAUUUUAUUUAAUGUUUUAAGAUGAACUUCGCUCUUCAGGUUCUGUUCAUUUCCACACUGUUAACGCUUUGCUCUGAUUAACUCGAUUGGUUUAUUGGAGUGUUAUUUCACAUAUUGUAGCAGAACCCCAAAGCUAACUGAAACUAGGUCUUUGAUUAGGCCGUUUGUAAACUACUGCUGUUCUGUGUGUGAAGUGUGAGCCUCGUUUGUGUCCAGGUGCUGGUUUCUGAAGUGGUUCCAUGAAGAUCUGUACAUAUAUAAAAGCAUACAAUCUAAUAUUCUCAAAUGAUGGUCACUGUUUGUUUGAUUUUUUUUGUGAUCACUUUUAUUUGAAGGGGAAACAAUUGUAUUAACCAUUUCUAGAUAAAUUAGAAACGCUUAAGACAUCUUAAUAAAAGUGAAAAGCAAAAAUGAA